AUGCAAUGUUCAAGAGAUAUUUAUUUUAUACCAGAAGAUAUGCUCAGGAAGUACUCAUGGUGUUUGCUGAUCACUAACGAAACAAUUAAAAUCCAGUGCAAAGACGGGAAUCACAUCAUCAAUCCAAUUGAAAGAAACAAAGAUAAAUACUUAAAAUGUAACGACACGCGGUUGGAUAACAACACAAUACCAAAAGGUUCGACUGAAUUUACAUGUGAUGGAGUGGUUAGGAUUGUCAAAGAAACGGAAGCAUAUAAGUAUCAGUGGUGCAACCAAACUGAAAUGGUGUUGCUAAAUUGCACGUCCAAUAUUGAGAAAGUACCGAAAGACGCUGCAAAACAAUUUAAAAACUGCACAGUCGUGAAUUAUAACAAAACGGAAAACUUUGUUAUUGUGUGCAAUGGGACAAGCUUUGUUGUUGACACAUCAAAGCUGAGUGAGUACAAAUCGUGUAACACGACUGUCAUCAACUUAAACGACACUCUCAAGAAUAUAAGUGCGGACAAUGUGCAAAUUGUUGAAAUUCAAAGGAUGGGAGGAGCGGUGUUGAACUGUAAUGUCAAGAAUGUGAAGAUAAACUUCUCAGUGUUUAAUGGAGAGGAACAUGUUGCUUCCGGUUUCAGUCAAGUGUUAGUUGAGGAUUCUAUGUUUGGACUAACAAGUAAAAACUCGAUAUACGAGUCUGUUACAUUGGAGCGGUCUAUAAUUGACUCAAGUGAUAUAAGUAACGCAACAAUUCGGGGAGGUGCAACUUUAACACUCAUGGUUGGCAGAAGUAGAUUCAAGUCCAUAGUAUUUAACCAGCGAAAUGGAAAAAGAUUGAUAAAUAAUAGUGUGAACGAAGACCAAGUUGACUCAAAAUAUGAGCCACUUCCAUUUGACUCAUUUACUCGAAUAAGCCGUAUUGCGAUCACAGACUCUUCACUCGUUGAAGUGGUAGCAAACAACAUUCAUAUGACUGACUCGGAGGUUAAUAAAACGGAUAUCCAAAAUUCCCAGAUAUAUCAAUCUAAUUUUAUUGACACCAAAUUCAACUCGGUAAGCUUUACUGAUAGUGCCAUUUAUCAGAGUUCGUUUAUUCGCUGUAGUUUGGAGAAUGUUGGAUUUGUUAAAGUCAACUUUGUUGGCGUGUUAUUCGAGAACGUUGUGAUGAACUUGAAGAUAGAGGGACAAAUGAAGAUAGUGAAUUCGACACUGAAUAAUUGCACUAUCAAUGGGAAAAUCUUCAUGAAGACAGUUGGAUCGUUUACGUUCAAUAAUUCUGUGUUGCAGCUCGACAACGAGAAGGUAACAAAAAACACGACAAACUAUACCGCAGUGUAUGUUGCUGUUAUUAUCAUAUUUGGUGCAGUUUUUAUCGCAACUGUCGCGGCAAUCACUACCUUCUUGAUUACUAUGAGGAGGGCGUCAUCUCAGAAUCAAUAA